GCCCCGCCCCCGCGCUCUGCACCUCUCCCAUCCUGGCACGUCAGCCCAGAGCAGCAGCGGCGGCGGCGGGGGCAGAGGAGGCAGCGGCCACUGCUUAGGCGGGGAGGCCACAGAGGCGGCGGCGGCGGCGGGGGCGGCGGGACCCGAAAGCCAUUGUCCGGCCUGCUCCGGCGCCCGGCCCCAAACCCGCGGAGAGCCGGGGAGGAGGCGGAAGUCCGUGCGGCGGCGGCGGCCUACACCGAGACCCAAGUAGGCUAGGCCCCGGCCCAGCUCGGCCCGGAAGCUCGCGCCUGGUGGGUAAGGCCCAUCUCCGAACAAAAUUCUCAUCGCGAUCGCGACCCCUCCCAACCGCCACCAUAUCCGCCACAAUCCCCGCUCCCAUCCCCGCACCCCCCUGCAGGAUGGCGAGCAGCAUCGUCGGGGGCAAAUACGAGCUGCUGCGGAAGGUCGGGGCCGGCUCGUUCGGCGACAUCUACCUGGCCAUCAACAUCACGAAUGGCGAGGAGGUGGCGGUGAAGCUGGAGUCGCAGAAAGCCAAGCACCCCCAGCUGCUGUACGAGAGCAAGCUGUACAAGGUCCUGCAAGGGGGGGUGGGCAUCCCCCACAUGCGCUGGUACGGCCAGGAGAAGGACUACAACGUCCUGGUCAUGGACCUCCUGGGGCCCAGCCUGGAGGACCUCUUCAAUUUCUGCUCCCGCAGGUUCACCAUGAAAACCGUGCUGAUGCUGGCCGACCAGAUGAUCAGCAGAAUUGAGUAUGUGCAUACCAAGAACUUUAUCCACAGGGACAUUAAACCUGAUAAUUUCCUGAUGGGGAUUGGGGCUCACUGCAAUAAGUUGUUCCUUAUUGACUUUGGACUGGCCAAAAAGUAUCGAGACAACAGAACAAGGCAACAUAUACCCUACAGAGAAGAUAAAAACCUCACUGGCACUGCCAGGUAUGCCAGCAUCAAUGCACACCUUGGCAUCGAGCAGAGCCGUCGAGAUGACAUGGAGUCCCUGGGCUAUGUGUUGAUGUAUUUUAACAAGAGCAGCCUGCCCUGGCAAGGACUGAAAGCUGCAACCAAGAAGCAAAAGUAUGAAAAGAUCAGCGAAAAGAAGAUGUCCACCCCAGUGGAAGUUCUGUGCCAGGGGUUUCCUGCAGAAUUUGCCAUGUAUCUCAACUACUGCCGUGGCCUGCGCUUUGAAGAGGCCCCGGAUUACAUGUAUCUGAGGCAGCUGUUUCGUAUUCUUUUCAGGACUCUGAAUCACCAGUACGACUACACUUUCGACUGGACAAUGUUAAAGCAGAAAAUGACCUAAAAGACAGGCUCUUCUAGUGGGUAGGGUAGGCAGACCCCCAAACCCCACUGCUUUCCAAGCAUGAAGAGAAAUAUAUAAAGUAGAGCAGAUCAGAGCAGUUCUUGUUAUUCCCCAAUUGUAGACAUUUUAGUUCACAUGUACACUUGCCAGUGGUUGUGGGCAACCAUGUACUUGGUGUAAAGAAUUUAAUUCCAGUAUAGAUUGGCUGUGGUCAAUACUAGUCCAGCAUUCAGAGUUGUAGCUACUGUGUUUGUGAAUGUUAACUGACAUAGUGAAACAUGAUGUUCAGUUUUCUGUUGCAUUUUUCAAGGGGAAAUGUUAACUAAAUGGUUGACAUACAAGCAGUUGAGAGAAAUUGUGCAUAUGCCAAUUUUCUGUUACCUUUUAUUUUGAUCCAAUUGUGACCCUGAAUUUGUGCUUUGAGAUCUUAUUUCAAAAGAAUGGCAUGAACAGUUUUCAACCAUGGUUGUGAUAAUUGUAAAUGCUACAAUUGUACGCUCGUGGAGUUUUGUUUUUUCCUCCUUGGAGUUUGAAUGUUGUAAACUUAAACAUUCUUAAAUUUGUUGGCUUCUAUGUGCAAGGCAGCUGACAAGGUAGCAACCAAAGAUUCCAGUUUUUAAGCAUAUGAGAGACUCUGCCUGCUUAAUGUGCUAGAAAUAACAUCAUCUAACUGAAGAUUUAAAAAAAUCUUAGUGACUGCUAGAUAAUCUGUAGUGCUCUGCAUUAACUCUAUAAUGUUCUUGGUAUUAAAAAAUAGCCUAUUUGUCACAAAAAUUUUGUUAACAUCUUAUGAACAUGUAUGUAAGUUGCUUAUAUAAAUGUAAUCACUGUAAACAUCUAUAUGACCUGGAAUUUUGUUUUUAUGUUGAAAUGAGAGUUGUUUUGUUUACAAGUUCAUUAAAAACUAAAAAUUGACUCUGUUUAAA